UUUUAAAAAUAAAAUGGCAUCCUUAAUUCUUGAAGCAUCAGAACACAAAGAAAAGGGCAAUAAGUAUUAUCAACAAGGCAGAUAUGAGGAUGCUCUUGCACAUUAUAAUCGAGCUAUUAUUAAAGAUUCUACAGAGCCAACAUAUUUUACUAACAGAGCUCUGUGUAAUUUGAAUUUGCAAAGGUGGGAAUCGGCAGCUGAGGAUUGUAGAAGGGCAUUGGACUUGGAUAGGAAGAAUAUUAAGGCGAAUUAUUAUUUGGGAAAGGUUUAUAUGCAGUUGGGGCAGUAUGAUGAGGCAGCCAAAGUCUUAACUCGGGCUCAUGAAUAUGAAAUAAAACAACGACAUUCUUAUGGAGAUGAAAUCACUCAAUUAUUAAGACAGGCAAAAAGAGAAAAGUUUAGGAAAGAAGAGGAGGCUAGAAUCAACCAAGAAAUUGAAUUGCAAAGUUAUCUAAAUUUGUUAAUUGAUGAUGAUGUGAAGAAUAAGAUUGACAUAUUACAGGUUUCGUCAAAUGGCGGCGAGUCAUUAGACGACAAAAUUGAUGAAAUCAAAACAAAAGCAGAUUCUAGUAAAGCACAACUAAACGAUUUGUUUGCCCAAGUCGAUGAACGUCGAAAGAGACGAGAAAUACCCGACUUUCUUUGUGGAAAAAUUAGUUUUGAACUUCUUAGAGAUCCUGUGAUAACUCCAAGUGGAAUAACUUAUGACAGAAAUGAUAUUUUGACACAUCUUCAUAGAGUUGGACAUUUCGAUCCUGUUACACGUGUUCCAUUAACGGCCGACCAACUUAUUCCAAAUCUCGCAAUGCGUGAAGUGGUAGAACACUUUGAGAAGGAAAAUGAAUGGGCAGUUGAUGCAUGA